AUGGAGUUAAUGCCUUAUAGUCGACAACCAGUAGGGGUAAUGUCCUAUAGUCCACAACAAGUAGAGGUAAUGUCCUAUAGUCCACAGCAAGUGGAGAUGAUGCCAUAUAGUCGACAAUCAACAUCUCCUGUUGUCCUUGACAUAGAAGAUAAAAGAACAGGUCGAAUAAGACCACGGAGAUGCUAUUGGAGAUGUUGUCUUUUAGCAACUUUAUUAGGUGGAUUGUUAGCUGGUCUUAUAGCUGCUGCUAUAGUUCUUCCAGUUCUAUCUGCUGCUCUUACAACAUCAACAACUACAACAUCAACUUCUACGACCACUAGUGUCACUACUGUUACCACUGUUACAACUUCCACUACAAGUACUACCACCACUACUACUACUACCACGACUACUACCACUACAACAACUACUACCACUACCUCCACAACUACUACUACGACCUCUACUACCACGACUACUAGUUAUACAACAACUUCAACAAGUGCCACACCUAUGCCAGGAUGA